AUGGACAUUGACUAUGCUAUAAGGAAAGACGAACCACCUACUCCUACUGACACGAGCACUGCAGUUGAGAUAGCCCUUUAUGAACAGUGGGAGCGGUCCAACCGCCUUAGUGUGAUGUUCAUAAGGACUAAAGUAUCUCCUAGUAUCCGUGGUUCAGUCGCUCAGCAUAGCAAUGCUAAGGCUUUAUUGGAGGCCAUUGAUGCGCAGUUUGAGACUUCAGAAAAGGCGCAUGCCAUGACCCUGAUAAUGAAGUUUUCAUCUCUAAAGCUCACAAGUGUUAGAGGUGUGCGUGAGCACAUCAAGAAGAUGAGGGACAUUGCAGCUCAGCUGAAAAACCUUGAGGUUGACAUAUCUGAAUCAUUUCUUGUGUACUACAUUCUGAACACUCUCCCACAACAGAAAAGAGGCUGA